CUUACGAGGGCACUGCCACUAAAGAUCAUUUGAGAUUGACAGCUCUUGUUCUUAGUAAUAUAUCUAUCUCUCUUUUUUUACUUUGUCUAUAUACGCCAUGUCAGCACCAUUAAUUAACCGUUCUUUAACGACCAUAAGAACUGAACUUGAGUUCUUAAGAGAUUCGGAAGUAAUCACCGAACAAUUAUAUGACAAAUUACUUUCGUCUAUCCCCACUAAAUAUCAAAAGGAUGAUAAACCAUGGGGAGUUGACAAAUUAGGAAUUAGCAAUAUUUCAAACAAACAAGAAACUGAUAAAUUGGCUGAUCAGCUUUCUAAAACUGAUCUUAAUGGAUCAAUAAAUCAAUCUCAAUCUCAAACUCAAGAUCAUGAACAUGUUCCACCACCUUCAUAUCCCCCCGCACCAGCCCCAACCAAAUCAGUUAUUGAAUUUGUUAAAGUAUUAUAUGAUUUCCCUCCUCAACAAAAGGAAGAUUUAGGAUUAAAUAAAGAUGAUAAGAUUGCAGUUGUAGAACAUUUAUCUCCUGAUUGGUGGAGAGGGUACAGAAAGGGUUCAGAUCCUGAGAAAGCAACUGGUGUGUUUCCUUCAAAUUAUGUAACUAAAAUAUCUAAAGAAGAUUAUGAAUCUAAUUUUGAUACUCGUGUUGCACCUCCAGCACCUCAAGGAAGUUCCUUAUCACCAUAUGGAGGUCCACCACAACAGCCACUUUCUCAGCAACCAUCUUAUGGUGGUUAUUCUCAAUAUCCACCACCAUCUGCCAACUAUUAUCCACCCCAACAACCUCAAGAAUUUCAACCACAACCACAACAACAGCAGCAACCACAACAACAAGGUCACGGAUCAGAAAUGUUCAAGAAAUUCGGUAGUAAAUUGGGUAAUGCAGCUAUAUUUGGUGCUGGUGCUACAAUUGGUUCAGAUCUUGUAAAUUCAAUCUUUUAAGAAUAUCGAUGAGUAUACAUGUGUAUUGUUUUUAGAAUUAAAAUAUAAACUAUU